AAAGAGGAAGAGAGAGAAAAAGAGAAACGGAUACGGAGUGGGAAGCUGGCGAGAGCGAGAGAAAGCUCGAGAGAGAAAUAUCGAGAGAGAAAGGACAGAGAGCGAGAGGGAGGAGCAGCGGCAGUUCAGGAGCAAGGGUAGCGGGGGAGGGUCGCGGCUUCGAAUCAGGGGUUGCUUUCAGAGGAGCACGCAGUGCUCUCUCGUCUCGCGAGCCGGGAGAACGGGAGAGAACGUGCGUGCCGGUUCGGAGAAAGAGGGUAUUUUUCUCACGUCUUUAGGAAGCUCCUACCCUCGUGGUCCUUCCCGCCAAAAGAGAAAAUCGCGAUAAGAACCGACCGUGCCGACAGUUUCCACUUUUUUUUUUCUUUCCUCCGUCUCCCCGUUUCUCGCAUCUCCGUGAAAUCUGGACGAGACAUUCGGGAAUGAGACGACAGCCGAUUAACGCGUCGGGAUUUAAGACCAGGUGGAAGAUCAAGGGCUAACACUCGUGCGGACAACGUGAUCCUCGAGAAAUCAUCACGAGGGAUGUCGCGCGAACUUUAAUUCUUUCGCAUUUAAAUUGUUAUUCCCAAAGAGAGCAUUGUAAUAACGUUUACUAAACAGCGGGGAAUAACGUGGCAAGUAUAAUAUUUUGAGGUAAUCUUAUUUGUCGCUCGAAACUCAUCCUAUGUAAGGGCUAAUCUCGAAAUUGAAAAAUGUCCGCGUCCGCCGCCGUCCGCGUCGGCGAGUUGAUUCGAUUAACAAUUCGCUCAGAAAUAAUUUCAUGCCGCGUUACACAUCUUCAUUAAGUCUGAAAUCUAGUCCCGGAAUUUCACGUGAUUUUAUUCCGCCGGACGCACCCGUCGUCGGAGCGACGACGAUAUUGCGCGCGAUAUGCCCUGACAGGCCGGUGAAUUCUUCUCUUUCGUGACACGUCGAAUUCCGUAGAACAACUUCGCAAACUAUUGCCAACAGACCAUUUAUAAAUUCAACGAGAUAUUUUAUAUAUCCAUAUAAAUGUUUCUUUUCUUUAGAAGAAUUCGAAUUUAUAUUUGUGUAUGAUGGAGAAAAGAAAAAAAAUAUUAAUUAUGUUUCAAUUCUAAGGUACAUAUCCGAAACCCUAAUACCAAUUAUUAUUAGCUCUUUAUCUACAGAUUACGUACCCUUUGGUGUCUUUAGACGAUUCGUCACGUUUUCUUCAAAAGAGCGACGCGCGUGUUAGGCAAAAAAUCGCUAUCGCAGUUUAACGAGACGUAUAUUGAUGAUCGGGAAAUGCGAUAUCUGACAGAGGGACACAUUCUUAAGAGCGACAUAGCGAAUGGAAAGGAUGACGCAUCCCCUCGUGCGGAGGGAUGACAGAUCGAAGAAGAGCGUUUUGCACGUCGCCGAGUCGCCGUCGGUGAGCCAAUUAGACGCAAAAGUGCUCGGUUGAGAGUAAAAGCGGGCCCGGAGAAAGGAAAUCGCUGCCGAGGGUCGGAAAAAUCGUCAGGCGAGAAGAAGAAAACGGAAGAGCCGUGAGAAAUGGCCGCCGCUCCAGCGGUAGCGAUGAUCGGAGCUAAUCUGAGAUUUGGCAUCGGCGCUUCCGGGAAUGUCACGUCCAACGCCACCAAGGUGUUCCAGUGUCACCCCGGUGGUGUGACCGAAGCCACCGUCAUAUUUAGCCUCGGUGCAAUGGGGAUGGGGGCGAACAUCAUCCUUAUGACGUUGAUACUGGCGAAGCGACAGCUGCGCAGGUGGUCCCAGGGAUUGUUAUUUCACCAGGCUAUGGUGGAUUGCGCAAGGGCCGCUAUAUUGCUGCCCCUAGGCUCCAGUAUAUUGAAUUGUCAGCCUGUUAACAAGUGUUCCCUGGUAGAGACCGCCUUUCUGUUACUGGUGACCGUUUCUACGGUAAAUAUGCUAACAACCGUACUAAACGACAGCCCGGUAUUCCCAGAGAGCGACGACGAGGCAGAUCUGACCGCUCCCUUGCUGAUGGACUCACCCCAGUGCGUGCUCUUUGGCACCUUCAUGAUCUGGUUCGCCAGCAUAACUAUCAAUCUGGGACCCACGUUUCUUAGCGGCGCCUUAGCGGCAAAUACGGAGAGUAGUCACAAUGCACCUAGCUGUCCGUUGGUACAUGGCCCUUUUCGUCAUUACAUAUUGAACGUUUUGUGGAUUUUCAUCAACAUUAUUUGUGUAGCGCUCACGCUCUUUCACUUAAGAAAGUUGCACAGAGAUCUAACGAAAGCUAAUGUCGAAGCGGUACGAGUAGCUGGUCUCGUUACGACACUCGUUAAUGUAACGGGAGGACAUCAAGAAGCAACGAAUUCGCUUGCAACCGAAGACGGUGACACGAGAAACGGUACGACGCCGAAAAGGACGGGUGCCAUUGAGGAACAUCGGAAAAUGAGAAAUUACCUCAGGAGGAUGGAACGCGAGGGUGUGCAGAGGGUGAAAAUGUUCCUGGUCAUAACAGCGGCGUACGUCUUGUUCUGGGGACCAUUGUUUUUCGUUACUCUGGUACACCAUCCCGUCAUAGGGAACCCUACUGGCUACGAGGUGACUUUACACAUCGCGUAUGUGCACGCCUUCGUAAACCCGACCCUGUUCCUCGCCUUGCACCGGGGGUUACGACAGGGGAUGUCGGAUGUGUGCUGCGGUUGCUGCGAAAGCAUAGCCCGAUGGAUCCUCGGAUCCGCUGCGACCGGCCCGAUGCAGAACGUUCAACUACGAUACGAUGCGCCGAUGACUCUCCCCUCGCCGCCAGAUCCACCCCUAUCGGCGUCGGCCGUAUCAUCGGGAUGUAAUCUUACUGAUGUGGCACUUCUAAAACCACCCCUGCCACCGACUGCCAAACACUUACUGGUGGACGACUCCAUCGUGAUACCACCCGAUCCUUGGAGUCUGACAUCGCGACCGAAGAGCACGUCUAGCCUGUACGAAGAGGAACUAUCCAGAAGACCGAGCCUCCUGCUACCACCACCGGAAUUAAAUGAUUUGCAAAGUCCGACAAGUAGCGACUUGCCCAGCGAAUAAACAACAUUAAUCAACAUCGAACCAAAAAGCACAACGUUAAUCGAUUACAAUGUAAAAAUAAUUGCAAAAAUGAUAAAAAGAUUUUCAAGAAAAAUCUUUCCUAGCCUCCCAAUUCUCUCCUGGAAGCAUUUACUCUGUCUGAUGUUCGUAUACAUAUACUGAUGAUAAAAAGCUAAAAUCAAAUGAGUUACCUACUAUAAAUACUGUGUCACUUAAACAUUUUUUAAAUGAGCGUUAAUAUGAAAUCAGCGAAAAUCAUGACUAUCUGCAAUUGCGUUUGAAAAUAUCCGUAAAGUUUUCAUGCCAUUUUUAAUAACAAACAUUAAUCUAAAUGGAAUUAAAAAUUAAAUCGUAAAUUAAUAUAAAAUUGUAAAUUUGGUUCCUAUGGAUAUAUACAUUUAAUAUAUCAAAUGGACAAGAGUACAUCAAGAUAAUAUUAAAAUUAAUUAUACGAAUGACGCAUCUUCAAUUUUGUUAGGAAGUGAAGUUACUGGAGAAUUAAUAUGCACAUUUACUUUUACAAUGCGUACAAAAAAAAUGACAGACUGACUUUUUUUACAAAACUCGUAUAUACAUAUUUGCACAAUUGUCACGUCCAAAUCGUCAGUUAAAAUGGUGUCAAGAUCAUUGCUUUCUUAUUGAAAAAUAGCAUUAUUUUAUCAUAUUUAGAAUGUAAAUACAAUUCUAUUUAUUUUAAUUGUUACAAAUGCAUAGAAUAAAUAGAAUUCAUUCCGACAUUUUGUA